CCGAUAGGCAUAAACGACUAUUUUGAGUGUUAAAAUUAGAACGCCGAGACACAUUUUCAUCCGUAUUCUUGAAUGUUACAGUCCAACCGGCUUUAAUUGAGCUUAUUGUUCUAAAUAAGCGAUCUACAAGGAUGGAUGGAACAAAGCAAAUUAAUGCUAUGUUAUUGUCGGAGUCGGAGAAGUGAAUGAGUCAGUUUGGCUUGACGGCGAACUCGGUCCCGCUAGUCCGUGGCUCGGAGCGCGCCAGGCGACACGCGAGUUCGUCACUCAGUCGGCUAUGCGACGCGGUCGCACUACACGACAAACUUUCACUUUCGACUAAAUAUAAAUAAACAAAACUAAAAUAACUCGAGAUAUCUAAACGAAUAUUUCUAUUUCCUACGCUACACACGUGGCAGUGUUGGUAAUGUGUAACUUCAGUUGUGAAACAAAAGUGGUAAAAGUUUUUGUGUCGUUUUUUGUACACGAUGCGCCUUGGUUAUAAUAGUUACGCUACGAUUUAAAACAUUCAUCUGGUGAACGUCUUACGGGUUGCCCAGAGGGCCUAUUCAGUGUUCGAAACCGGUCCCUUUAAGAAGUACUGGGGCACCUACCUGCUCUACUUGCUCUAGCUCCGUGGUAAUUUUGGUUUAUGAAAAUAAACAAUAAUGGGAAAAGAUCAUGGGGAGCCGAUAAAAUACGAUCCAGACUUCAAAGGGCCUAUCCACAAUAGGUCCUGCACAGAUAUAUUCUGGCUCAUACUUUUCUUACUCUUUCUCGGAGUAUGGGGUUUCGUCGGCUACUACGGUAUAAAAAACGGCGACGUCCAGAAGUUACUAGCCCCAAUCGACACCAAGGGCCGUCGCUGUGGACUGGACUCGGGUCUGGUGGAUAAGAAAAACUUGGUAUUUUUUAACAUAGCGAGAUGCCUGCAACCCGGGACGCCCAUCACUGGUUGUCCUACUCAACAGGUGUGUGUAAAGGAAUGCCCGUCUAAAACAGUAAUCUUCGAGACCGAGAUGACAGAGGCGACGUUCCCUUCUUUGAAACAGUACAUGGUCUGCACCGAUGAAGUAAACAUAAACGACAUGACCUACAGCCAAGCUAGAGACUAUAUGAGGGACGAAAAAUGCGCCAGUUAUGUUCUGCGAAGCACACCAGUUUUGUCCCGCUGCAUCGGCGACCUUUCGACUAUGCCUCAAUGUAAGAGGACCGCGAGCACCACGGCCAGUCCGUGGGCCUCGAGUCGGGCGGGCGAGACGUGCGUGAGGAACCCGAAGGUGGCGCAGGAGACGCUACUUAACAGCGCCACCGCCCUUGACUCGUACGUGGGCUGGAUCGCGGCGAGCUGGGUGACCUUCUUCACCAGGAACGAACGUGACACCCAUGUCCUGUCGUCGCAGAUAGUACAGGACUUGGUGCAGUCCCGCUGGUACAUGGCAGGCGCGCUGGUGGCCGUGGUCGUCAUCUGCUUCGUCUACAUUCUGCUGUUACGCUGGGUGGUCACCCCCGUGGUCUGGGCAUCCAUAGCUGCCCUUCAUGGGGCACUUGGUUUUUCAUUAUAUCUGUGUUACCAGAACUACGCAUAUUAUCGCGCAAACCCUGUUAGCCUCCACCAGACCACCAACAUCAAGGGCUACGCGGAAUCCUUGUUGACAAAACAGGAGACGUGGAUGGUCCUUCUUGUAAUCAUUGCAGUUGUACUCGUCAUACUGUUACUAUUGGUCAUAUUUUUGAGGAAGCGAAUCACAAUAGCUAUAGCCCUUAUACGUGAAGGAAGCAAGGCCAUAAUAUCUAUCAAAACUACGGUAUUCUUCCCAAUACUGCCUUGCAUUCUGCAGUGCGCCGUCAUUGCAUACGGAGUAAUCGUGCUCAUGUAUAUCAUGUCAAUGGGAGAAUCUGCUUUCCGUAUUGUGAACCUCAAAAAUGAUACCAAUUGCAACUGCAAAGGAGUAUACACGGAAGAUUACGUCUCAUGCAAUCCACUGCAAUUCAGCAUAAGCUGCAGCGACGCCAGUGGCCACGCUUGCAGUCUCGCCACCUGCCAUUUCACCGGCCUGGACGGUCCUACGAGCGUCGUAUAUUUGCAUCUUGCCAAUUUGUUGGGAUUCUUUUGGACGAUGUUCUUCAUCAGCGGCGUGUCGGACAUGAUGCUCGCGAGCACUUUCUCCACAUGGUACUGGACGUUCCAUAAGAAAGACCUUCCAUUCUUCACGCUCACAGCUGGGAUCUGUAGGACAUUGCGCUACCACUUGGGUACAGUGGCAUUGGGUGCGCUGAUCAUAGCAAUAGUACGAAUCAUCCGUGUCAUACUAGAGUACAUCGACCACAAACUGAAGAAAUUCGACAAUCCUUUCACUCGUUGCGUCCUAUGCUGCUGCAAAUGUUUCUUCUGGUGCUUGGAAAAUUUCCUCAAGUUUAUUAAUAAGAAUGCGUAUAUUAUGUGCGCUGUACACGGGAAAAACUUCUGUAAGAGUGCGCGAGAUGCAUUUUCGUUGCUAAUGAGGAAUAUCAUAAGAGUUGUGGUCUUAGACAAGGUCACAGACUUCAUAUUCUUUUUGUCAAAACUGGUGAUCUCAAUCGGCGUCGGCUUCGCCGUGUACUACCUCCUGCAGUGGAACUACGUGUACGAGGUGACGCAGGGCGAGCGGCUCCACUACAACUACAUUCCAGCCAUCAUAUUGAGCAUAGCCACAUACCUCAUCAGUACUAUAUUCUUCAGUGUAUACUCUAUGGCAGUAGACACAUUGUUCCUCUGUUUCCUGGAAGACUGUGAAAGAAAUGAUGGAUCUCCAGAGAAACCAUACUUCAUGUCCAAAAACCUGAUGCGAAUACUUGGAAAGAGGAACAAAAUAGAAUAG